GUACACACAAUUUCCCAAGAAGAUGAAAACUCUGUAUUAUCUCUUGCAGCUAGUCGGCAAUACCUUUUUAGUGGAAGCCAAAGUUCAAAGAUUCAUGUGUGGGAUCUACAGACAUUUACUUUGGUUGCCACUCUAGAAGGUCACAGAGGAAGUGUAUUGGGACUAUCAAUAUCUAAAGAUCAAAAAUGGUUAUUCAGUUGCUCUGGCGAUGGCACCAUUAGGGUUUGGGACACUGGUACACUCAAAUGUACCUAUUCUAUUGUCUCUUGUCAUGAUGUAGGUGACAUCUUCUCGAUUGUAUAUUCUGAAAAAUCCAAUACUCUUUUCUUUGGAAGUCAGAACACCAGUAUUCAGUGGUACAGCUUUGAUGAUCCACAAACUCGUGGGUCAACUACUGGAGUACCUGUGCUUCCUAUAACUCCACGAAACAGUCAAAAAUUGAAAUUCUUUGAAGGUCCUGGAAUGCUGGAAUGCGAGAUCACUGACAAUUUUGAUGAGGAUGUUAUCAAAUGUGUCGUACGUGAAAAGAACGUUCACUUGAAUGCACACGAUGGCUAUGUUUACUCGAUCAAAGUAUUAAUACAUUUAAAUCUAGGAUCCGGAGAUGGAGAUGUCAAGAUCUGGAUCAUUAUAGAUGGUACUCUCAAGUAUCUACAAACUCUGGUAGGGAACUCUGACAAGGGGGUCCUCAGCUUGGCAUUAUCUGAAGAUGGUUAUUUAUUUUGUGGUGUUCAAGGAGGCGAUGUCCAGGAAAGUAAACUGUUAGGUGUAGUCAAAAUGUGCGUCAAGGAUGAUGUACUUGCUGUAGCAUUAAAAGGGCCAGGUCUAGUUAGUGCAUCUGCAGAUGGAACCACAAAGAUUUGGAGCCAGGGAUUUGAAUUCAGAGAGUCUUUGGAUGAACACAGUGGUGCUGUACUUGCUUUGACAACUACAGGAAACUAUCUUAUCACUGGAAGUAGUGACCACUCAAUCAAGUUCUGGGACUUGCCUUCUACUAGAAAUAGAGAAAGGCAUGUUUGCUUUACCUUGCAUACUCUUAACCACUUCUUUUUAGAUACAUUUUUGUAUGUUCUUGAGAAAUGGGUAGCUAUGCGUACUGUGGGUGGGAAUCCUAAAUACAUGGAAGAGUGUCGGAGAGGAGCACGGUUCUUAAAAAAUGUACUUCAGCAGCUUGGUGCAGUUAGUCGAAUGAUUCCUGGAGAAUGUGGUAGAAACCCACUGGUUUAUGGAAAGUUUACAGGAAAAACAUCCCCAGAUCCAUCAAAAAAGACCCCCACUGUGUUGAUAUACGGCCAUUAUGAUGUUAUUUCUGCAGAAGAUGAAAAACAAGAGUGGAACAGCGACCCGUUCAAACUCACAGGAAAAAAUGGUUAUCUCUAUGGCAGAGGAACGAGUGACAACAAGGGUCCUAUUCUUUCCUGUAUUUUUGCUGUAAAUGAAUUGCUCAACGAAGGAUUACUAGAUGUCAAUGUCAUAUUUCUGAUUGAAGGAGAAGAGGAGAGUGGGAGUGUGGGAUUCUUUGAAGGUGUUAAUAAGCACAAGGAAUUGUUUGCUGAUGUUGAUAUGAUCUUGUUGAGCAACUCUUAUUGGUUAGGUGAAGAUGUUCCAUGUCUUACAUAUGGUUUGAGAGGCGUAAUUCACGCCUCUGUUACGGUGUCUAAUCCUAGAGCAGAUAUGCAUUCUGGCGUUGAAGGUGGAGCAAUUUCGGAGCCUCUUAUUGAUCUGAUUCACGUCCUUGGAAAAAUUGUGGAUAACGACAAGAAAAUACUCAUUCCAGGGUUUUAUGACAAUGUUCGACCUGUUACUGAUACAGAAGAGCAGCCUCUUGCCUUGGAUGCCGAGAAACUCAAAUAUGAUUUGAUGGCACGAUGGAGAUACCCGACCUUUACAGUACACAAGAUUGAUGUGUCGAUCAAUAACCCAACCAUUAUCCCACGCAGUGCCACUGCCAUAGUUAGUAUGAGAGUGGUUCCUGAUCAAUCCAUUGCCGAGAUUUGCGAACAGUUCAAAAACCACGUACGAAAUGCAUUUGAAGAUAACGUGUCUGAAAAUAAUAUUUCAAUUGAUAUUCAAAGUGCAUCUGAGUACUGGUUAGGAAAUCCUCAAAGUGAGUAUUUCAAGGCUGUAGAAAACGCUAUUGAAGAAGAGUGGAACGUGAAGCCGUUGUAUAUUCGAGAAGGUGGUUCCAUUCCAGCUGUACGAUGGCUUGAAAAGUUCUGCAACGCCCCAGCAGUGCAUCUUCCUAUGGGACAGGCAUCCGACCAAGCACAUCUUCACAAUGAACGUAUUAGAUUACGAAAUAUUCAUGCGGGUAGAAGAAUUGUUAAAAGACUUUUG